AUGUCGUCGCUACUAGCUAUCGACUCGGCCGACGACCUGAUCCGAAGUGUUAGCGAGCUGUCCUCCAAUGCAAGUGAAAACGAUGAGCUAGAGGGGAGCGGGGAGGAACGUCCGCCGGCGCCUACCCUCGUCUCUUCGACUCUCAACGUACUGAACACAAUUUUAGGGACGCAGAUGCUGAGUAUGGCUUACGCAUUUGCUAAAAUCGGUCCAGUUACGGGCACCAUCAUCCUCAUCAUUUUCGCCCUGGCCACUCGUAGCAGUCUCCGUUUCUUGGUCCAAUCAGCUCAGCAAGUGAGCUAUCACGACACACGGCUGGCUGUUCUUACAACGGCGAACACGCCAUCAUACGCCACUUUGUGCCGUGCCGCGUUUGGCUCCUCUCGCUCAACAAACAAAGCAGGAUCGGAGCGUUCGGUUACGCUCAUUGUCAUGCUGGUGGACGUCAUGAUGGUGUUUGCGUGCCUUGGGUUCGCCGUUAGCUACUUGCAGAUGAUUGCUGAUGGCGUUCCGAGGAUUGUUUGGGAACUUGUGCCCGGGUGGGAUGGCAGCGGAGAGUGGAUUGUCGGAUGGAUCUCGAAUGGCCAAUUCUGGCUCUUUGCUUUUCUCAUUCUACUGAUACCACUAUCGCUCUCACGCGACGUCGAUGACUUCAAAUGGUUCUCAGGGACGGCGUUUGCGUGCGCGGUGUAUAUGGCGUUGGUCGUCGUCAUCUGUUAUUUCACGCAUUCCGCUGUCCCAGCGGAGGUCACAGAACCCGGCAACGGCCCCGCCGCACCAACGCCUCCGGGGGAUGGAAAUCAAUCCAAUCGCCCUUGGUAUCUCCUAAAUGAUGACAUUGUCGGCACCUUACCUAUUUUUCUAUUUUUAUUCACUUGCCAUCAGAAUAUAUUUUCUAUCUACAACGAGCUUAAUACAUCACCAAACAGCGCGGAGAACACAGCUGGCACUGCGUCUCCCAAAACCGACGCAUCGAUAAUGCACAUCAUUGAUCUAGCGAUUUUCCUAUGCGUCGUUAUAUACCUUGCUGUCGGGUGGGCGGGGUAUUUGACAUUUGGAGCAAAGGCAGAGGAAAGUCUUUUGAACAACUUGGCACGGAUAUCCUUUGUGCUGCUGUCCGCAUUUUCAUACCCGAUCCAACUACACCCCUGUCGCGCAGCACUGGACUCGAUCCUAGCAUAUUUU